CCACUGCCCUCCCCUCCACCCCACUCCACUCUACAGUACAGUCCACUCUUUUCAUCUCUCUCUCCUUAACCAACUGAGCUGAAAGGUCACUCUGAAAAACUCUCACUCAACACUACUCUUUUCAACUUUCUACUCACAGCCCAUUUCUCCUCUCAUCUCAUUUCCCAUUCUCAUUCAGUUAUGUAACAAAUUUACCAUCUGGGCUGUGGUUAAAGUGCUAAAAAAGUUGAUGAACAAGUGCUAAUAAUAAUAAAUAGAGCCUGCCAUUUAUUUGGUUCUGGAUUCUUUUCUUGGAUCAAUUCUUUUUGCAGGUUUGAACUUUAUAUCAGUGUUCUGUCUGUGUUUUAUACGCUGAUUGUUUGAGGUGACGCCGAGAAGAUCAGCAAAAUGGGAAAAAUGGAGAUUGGGAUUAUUAUUGCAAUAAUGCUACUGGGAUUCUCAACUCAUAAUGGAAAAGCUGAGAUUUAUAUGGUAAUGAUCGAAGGAGAGCCUGUGAUAAGUUAUAAAGGUGGUGUCAUUGGGUUUGAAGCCACUGCUGUAGAUUCGGAUUCUGAUGAGAAAAUUGAUGUGACCAGUGAGGCAGUUACAUCAUAUGCGCAUCACCUGGAGAAGAGACAUGACAUGCUUCUUGGUAUGUUGUUUGACCGUGGGACCUACAAGAAAGUCUACAGCUAUCGUCAUCUUAUAAAUGGCUUUGCUGUUCACAUUACACCUGAGCAGGCAGAAAUUCUGAGACAAGCCCCUGGUGUGAAGUCUGUGGAGAGAGAUUGGAAGGUGAGGAGACUUACAACCCACACCCCACAAUUUUUGGGGCUUCCAACUGGAGUAUGGCCAACAGGUGGUGGCUUUGACAGGGCUGGAGAAGAUAUUAUAUUAGGCUUUGUGGAUUCUGGAAUUCAUCCAAAUCAUCCUAGCUUUUCUACCCACAACUCUGAACCCUAUGGACCUGUGCCAAAGUACAGAGGAAAAUGUGAAGUUAAUCCAGACACAAAGAGGGACUUUUGCAAUGGAAAGAUUAUUGGAGCCCAACAUUUUGCAGAAGCUGCUAAAGCUGCUGGUGCAUUUAAUCCUUCAAUUGACUUUGAUUCUCCACUGGAUGGCGAUGGACAUGGAAGUCAUAUAGCAGCAAUUGCAGCUGGAAACAAUGGUAUUCCAGUAAGAAUGCAUGGAUUUGAAUUUGGAAGAGCAAGUGGGAUGGCACCCCGUGCAAGGAUUGCUGUAUACAAGGCACUGUAUAGGCUUUUUGGUGGAUUUGUUGCAGAUGUGGUUGCUGCCAUUGAUCAGGCUGUGCAUGAUGGUGUGGACAUCCUCAAUCUCUCAGUGGGGCCAAACAGUCCCCCAGCAACCACAAAGACUACUUUCUUAAACCCUUUUGAUGCUACACUUCUUUCAGCGGUUAAAGCUGGAGUAUUUGUUGCACAGGCAGCAGGAAAUGGAGGUCCUUUUCCUAAAACUUUGCUCUCUUAUAGCCCAUGGAUUGCAUCUGUUGCUGCUGCAGUUGAUGACCGGAGAUAUAAGAACCAUUUGACUUUGGGAAAUGGGAAAAUCUUAGCUGGACUUGGGUUGUCACCUGCUACCCUUGCAAAUCGAACAUAUACCAUGGUUGCUGCCAAUGACGUGCUUUUGGAUUCCUCUGUUGUGAAGUACAGUCCAUCAGACUGCCAGAGGCCAGAAGUUUUGAACAAAAAUUUAGUGGAGGGAAACAUUCUUCUUUGUGGCUAUUCCUUCAACUUUGUUAUUGGUACUGCUUCAAUUAAGAAGGUCUCAGAAACAGCUAGGAGCCUUGGUGCUAUUGGCUUUGUCCUGGCAGUAGAAAAUGUUUCUCCCGGAACAAAAUUUGAUCCUGUUCCUGUUGGUAUUCCAGGAAUUCUAAUCGCAGAUGUUAGCAAGUCAAUGGAGCUUAUAGACUACUAUAAUGUUUCUACACCAAGGGAUUGGACUGGGCGAGUGAAGAGCUUCAAAGCAGUAGGAAGCAUAGGGGAUGGAUUGAAUCCCAUACUCCACAAAUCAGCUCCACAAGUAGCACUUUUCUCAUCUCGUGGGCCCAAUAUCAGAGAUUAUAGCUUUGAAGAUGCAGACAUCCUCAAGCCAGAUAUCCUGGCCCCUGGUUCUCUAAUUUGGGCUGCAUGGGCACCUAAUGGAACCGAUGAGGCGAAUUACGUGGGUGAGGAAUUUGCUAUGGUAUCUGGAACUAGCAUGGCUGCUCCACACAUUGCUGGAAUAGCAGCUCUUGUGAAACAAAAGCACCCUCAUUGGAGCCCUGCUGCAAUUAAAUCUGCCUUGAUGACAACAUCAACAACCAUUGACAGAGCAGAGAGACCUCUGCAAGCUCAACAGUAUUCUGGGUCAGAAACAAUGACAUUUGUCCAAGCAACUCCUUUUGAUUAUGGAAGUGGUCAUGUCAAUCCUAGAGCUGCUCUGGAUCCUGGUCUUGUCUUUGAUGCUGGUUAUGAAGAUUACUUGGGUUUCGUAUGCACUGUGCCUGGUGUUGAUGCUAAUGAGAUAAGAAAAUUCUCACAUUCCCCUUGUAACUAUACUCUUGGUCGCCCAUCAAAUCUCAACAGCCCCUCAAUCGCAAUUUCACAUCUUGUGGGAACUCAGACGGUUACACGCACCGUCACAAAUGUUGCUGAAGAAGAAACAUAUGUAAUUACAGCAAGAAUGGCGCCAGAAAUUGCCAUUGAAACCAAUCCUCCAGCAAUGACUCUAAGACCUGGUGCAUCAGGGAAGUUCACUGUUACUCUCACUGUUCGGUCAGUAACAGGAUCCUAUAGUUUUGGAGAGGUUUUAUUGAAAGGAAGCAGAAGGCACAAGGUCAGGGUUCCUGUUGUAGCCAUGGGUUACAAUCGAUAGUUUGGUCAUGCAAUGUUGAAAAACACUCCUAUGCUUGUGGUAUUCUUUGGGUUCUGGGGAAUAAGAAGAUGCAUAAAAGUAGAUUAUGUAUUUUGUCCAAAAUAUAAAGUAAUAUAUGUAAAGUUAACUAAUAUGAGGGAGAGAUCCCUAGUUUCUUCCAGUCAUGUAAGUUUCGCUAAUUAUUUUGUAAUACGGCGGAAUGCCUUGUAUUCCCCUCUACUAUUGUGAGAGAAGUAGCCUUGUUUGGUAGGUCAAAUCUUCCUUGGCUGUAUUUUUUACUCUUCAUCAUGUAAGAACUAAAUAGCAGUUUGCCCAAUUAUUGUAUUUUACUUGCUUUGAGUUUCCCAGCUUUAA